AUGUUCGGGGAUCUGCUUGUGAUCCUGCAUGGCGCAGCUCCACAGCGAGGGGCGUGGCAGGGCUACGGUAGCGCGCCGUGCAUCCCAAAUCCGCUUCACUCAUCAGCAUACAUGAUAGGCGUAAUGCAGAGGACGGAGUUAGUCGAUCUGGACGAACAAUCGCCAGCAUUUAGCGAGACCGUAGUUCGACAAUUCAGUACUGGGACUGCUUUCCGACCAGUCGGCCCUGGUACCAGUCCCGUACGAUUGGAGGAGUCUGUUUGCGCUGUAUGCGGCUACGAAAUCAAGGAUCAGUUCGUGCUUAGGGUUAGCAGAAGUUCUCUUCAUUACGUGGCCAAAAUAGAGAAACAUUUAGAUAAGCGUGAACAGCGUUCAGCAAAUGACAAACCCUCGAAUGCGCUUGCUCACGCACUUUGGCACUUUCUCACUAGGCUUCUGUUCAAAUCCAAAAAUGUCCAUAUUUGCUACUUUUAUUUACAAAUUCAAUUACUGAAGAGAACAGCAUUUUGCGUGCAUACGGAAAUAGAUUUCACCCCCACUGGCAAAAAUGCAAUCAGUUGCGAUUUUUGAAC